CUGCAAACUUUGCGCACCCGAGUGAGGCUCAGUGUCUUGCGACAUGCUUCAGGGACCAGCUCAGGGCCCUUCCCUCACCGGGUUUUCGUCGGCAGACAGCGGCUCAGCUUCUGGCCCACUUCUGGAAAAAACCUCAACACCUAAGCGACGGAACGCGGAUGCAUUAGACCAUAGUUUCCACCCGAUCGGUGAUUUUCUCGGCGCUGUAAAACAGCCCUAUCCGGUCACCUAGCAUCAGCAAUUGGCCCGCCAAGCUCGGCGUCUGUUGCCAUCUGAAAUUCGGCCCUUCAAAGCCUGCGCUGAUCCGCCGUAGUGACCUCUCUCAGAGUUUUGCUUUGCGACAAUUAUCACAGUCACUUUCUCUCCCCGGACCCCAAACCACGGACGAUAGCGACACGCCCCUCAUGUCCGACUACAGGUAUGGCACGCAGUCAGAUGCGUACGCCGCUGAGCACGACCACUCUGUCCUUCGCAACGGCGCGUCUGACAAGGAGACCAAGUUGGGCAACACCUACUCUGGAUCUGGAGACGAUGUCGUUCCCGCCGAUGCCGACAACCUCCUAGCUGCCAUGGGCUACAAGGCCGAGUUGGUUCGGUCACGAUCUACUCUCCAGGUCGCCUUCAUGUCCUUUGUCUUGGCCUCGGUUCCCUAUGGUUUGGCAACAACCCUCUACUACCCAGUAGUCGGUGGAGGUCCCACCAACAUCAUCUGGGGAUGGCUCGCCGUAUCUCUUAUCAUUCUCGCUGUCGCUGCAUCUCUCGGUGAGAUCACCAGUGUCUACCCGACCUCUGGUGGUGUCUACUACCAGACCUUCAUGAUCACGCCGCCCGCCUAUCGGAAAAUCGCCUCGUGGAUCUGUGGUUGGUGUUUCGUAGUUGGCAACAUUACCAUUACUCUCUCAGUCAACUUUGCUACCGCGCUCUUCCUUGUGGCAUGCGUCAAUGUCUACGAAAGCGAACCUGGUGUUGGUAUCAUGGAAGGAUCAGCUUAUCAGGUCUUCCUCAUCUUCCUUGGCAUCACACUCAUUUGCAACGCUGUGUCUGCCUUUGGAAACAAAUACCUACCAUGGUUGGAUACCUUUGCCAUUUUCUGGACCUUUGCUGGUGUGAUUGCCAUUAUCGUAUGCAUCCUUGCCAUUGCGAAGAAUGGACGCCACAGCGCCGAAUACGUCUUCACUGAAUUCGAUCCCUCCAACUCCGGAUGGGUCCCAGGAUGGUCUUUCAUGGUCGGACUAUUACACGCAGCCUACGCGACUUCAUCGACUGGAAUGAUCAUCUCUAUGUGCGAAGAGGUUCGUGAGCCUGCCACCCAGGUCCCCAAGGCCAUGGUCGCUACCGUCGCCUUGAACACCAUUGCUGGCCUGGUCUUCCUCAUCCCUCUGGUCUUCGUACUUCCCGACCAAGCCAUGCUUGCAGGACUACUUUCCGGCCAGCCGACACCUGUUAUCAUCAGGGAUGCUGUAGGCUCCCCCGGUGGUGCCAUUGGUCUGCUCAUUCCUCUGCUGGUCCUCGGUUUCCUCUGUGGUAUCGGGUGCACCACCGCUGCCUCCCGGGCUACCUGGGCCUUCUCUCGUGACGGUGCUAUUCCCGGCUACAAGCUGUGGAGGACUGUCAACACGAACCUCGAUGUUCCGCUCAACGCCAUGAUGCUGAGUAUGGUUGUUCAAAUCGCUCUCGGUCUCAUCUACUUCGGUGCUGCCGCUGCUUUCAACGCUUUCUCCGGUGUCGGUGUCAUUUGCCUGACCCUGAGUUACGCUGCCCCCAUCUUCGUUUCGCUCAUGACUGGUCGUAAGCAAGUCAAGGACGGCGCGUUCCACCUUGGCAUGCUCGGUACCUUCUGCAACGUUGUUGCACUUGCCUGGUCCGCUCUCGCCACUCCUCUCUUCUGCAUGCCUACUUUCCGCGAUGUCACACCAGCAUCGAUGAACUACGCCUCUGUCGUUCUCGCCGCCGUCGUUGUUGUCUCAACUAUCUGGUACUUUGUCUGGGGAAAGAAGAACUACGAGGGUCCUCCCACUCAUGAGGACGCGGUUCUCGAGGCGAGAAGAGCCAGCAUGGCGUCUCGUUAAGUCAUAUUGAACCAAAGAUGACAUGAGAGGAGGAAGAGAUGGAUGAGCACGCUCUCUUCUUUUCGCUACUCGGUGAUUACAGCGAAUGAAGUGGGUAAAGUCAUUGUGUUUUUACAUUCCUGCAUCAGCAAAUUCGAUACCCCCGUACAUUGAACAUUCCAAAAGAGUUUUGUGCCAACGUUACCUCUCUAUGCAUUGUUUGUGAAUCUGUUGCUCUUUCCGGCAUAUUGCAUAUACCGAUCACGGGCGCAGCCGUCCCGAUCCUUGGCCCAGGCACAACUACGUAAAAUGUCACGAUGCGGGAAAAACGGCAUGCUGAUUUCUCCACAAUCCAUGCC